AAUGAUUGUAGCUCUGCUUCUUUUGCUGUUAUAAAGUUUAUACACCUGCAACAUGACUUGCCAAUUUUUGGUGCCCUGACCAAUGAAGCCCUGAACACGUCAAGAACCUUCAACAUUGAUACCAAUAUAAAAGUGCGAUUCCAAAAUAAUGAUGGCAUCCUGUUUGGCCAGAAUGUUGUCCAGUACAGUCAUGGGAUAUUGGUAAGUUCUCCCCUAUAUACCACUGACAACAGACAUUAUGGGAGAAUAGAGAAAUGCGAUAUAAAAAGAAAAUUAUGUGAAGCUAUCAAACUCACAGAAGCUGAGAAAACUCGUAUCAGGCCUGGCUUCACCAUGGCUAUCAGCCUUUUGCCCUCACAAUUCUUGGUGUGUCGACAACAUCAGAAAAGGCUGAGUAAGAACAGUGAAAAUUUGAAUGGAGUCUGCACAAUCCUGUCUCCAGAACUGCAAGAAACCCAUUCGUUUGAGCCUGUCUCUUUGGUGAAAUUCAGUACUUGGGAUAACAGCAGCAGCAACAACAACAACAAGUUGGAAAGACAUGAAGAUUUCACAGGAAAAAUCAAACUAAUUACUACCAACAGCAAGAAGAAGAAUAACAACACCACCAAGGAAGACAAUGAAUUCCCAGGAAAAGUUAAUCAAAGCAACGAGAACAACAAUAACAACAAAGACAAGAAAGAGAACGAUGAUGAAUUUCCAGGCACUGAGAUUGCAAUUGUUCUGGAUGGAUCAGGAAGCAUUGAAAAGCCUGACUUCCAAAAAGCAAAAGAUUUUAUUAUAAACAUAGUCAAAAACAUUUGGAAACGAUGCCUUGAGUGUGAGUUUGCAUUGGUGCAGUUUGGUAUGGAAAUUAAGACGAUAUUUGAUCUGAAUGAUAGCCAGGAAAUAAGUUCUGGAAUUUUCUCAAUUGUAAGAAAUAUGGUCCAGUUGGGUCAAACCACAAAAACAGCUUCAGCAAUACAACAUGUUCUUGACAACAUCUUCAAUGAAACUCAAGGCUCCAAUAGAAAUGCCAAACGGUUUAUCAUUGUAGUGACAGAUGGAGAAAUAUUCAGAGAUGACAGAAAUCUAACAGAUGUAAUCAACUCAGAUAAAAUGGUGAAUAUAACACGGAUAGCUGUUGGGGUUGGACCAGACUUUAAUAAGGAAGAUGCAUUUAAUGAGCUGAAACUAAUUGCAUCUGAUCCAGAUGAGACACACCUAUUCCAGGUCGACAACUAUAGUGCUUUAGAUAGUCUCCUGACGAAUCUAGAGAAAAAUAUUGUUGGAAUUGAAGGUACCCAAGGUGUAAACAUCAGUGCAUUUCAGAUGGAACUGGCCCAAGCUGGAUUUAGUGCAGAUUACACUGAUGGCAACAUUUUACUUGGUGCUGUAGGAGCAUAUGACUGGAGUGGAGGAGUAAUAAUGUAUAACCAAGAAACAGGAGCACUUUUUCUAAAUGAAUCUAAAGGAACACUCGAAGCAGCUUACAGUUACCUUGGGUACAGUGUAGCUUCAGUAAAGGGAAUGAAUGGGCAGCACUUGUACAUUGCUGGAGCCCCUCGGCAUAGCCAGACUGGACAAGUACUUGUAUUUCAAGCGGGAACUUCUGUCAAAAUAAAGCAACAUCUUGCAGGAAAGCAGCUGGGAUCAUACUUUGGUUCAGAGCUGUGCUCUCUGGAUAUAAACAAUGAUAAUGUGACAGAUUAUCUUCUUGUCGGUGCUCCAUUCUUUCAUGUACAAGGUGAAGAGGGCAUGGUUUAUGUCUACCAGCUCAAUGACAAGAAUACAUUUGAAGAGAAGGACAAUUUGACAGGAAUAUCAAGUUAUACCAAUGCCAGAUUUGGAGUUGCCAUUGCAAACAUAGGUGACAUCAAUAUGGAUGGAUACAAUGAUGUAGCUAUUGGAGCUCCUCUGGAAGAAGACCAUAGAGGCAGUAUCUAUAUAUUUAAUGGACAUAAGGAUGGUAUUCACAAGGCUCAUUCCCAGCGAAUAAGUGGGAAGGAUGUUCUGCUUGAACCCUUAUACUUUGGACAAUCAGUGGCUGGUUCUUCUGAUGUUGAUACUGAUGGGAUUCUUGACAUAACAGUUGGUGCACAAGACAAUGUUGUUGUGCUCAGCUCAAGACCAGUUAUUAACAUUGGGAUCCAUGUUGCAUUUUUUCCGAAGCUGGUGCCUUUGUCCUUCACAACUUCCCAUGAGCAAGAGAAAAUUAUCCAAGCUUCCGUGUGUUUUACUGCUCAAUCAAAAUUUGCAUCAUUAGAUUUGAAAAAUUCAUAUGUGAAUUACACCAUUAAUCUGGAUACAAAGCAGAAGACUAAAAGAGUGACAUUUGCAAUGAACGAUGGAAAUCCUGACUCUAUAUCUGAUUAUGUCAGGAUCUCAUUAGAUGUCUGUAAAAACUAUUCACUCAUUGUGCAGCAUUGCACAAUGGAUUGUGUCUCUGCAAUUAUUGUAGAAGUGAAUUAUACACUGUAUAAUACUGAAAAGAAGCCUGGACUACCCUUACCAAUUCUUGAUCAUUUUUCCAACCGGUCAUCAUAUGUUGAGCUCAAAUUUCAGAAGGACUGUGGAUCUGACAAUAUAUGUAAAGCAAAUCUAAAAUUGGAAUCCAAACUGCCAGAAAACUUUACAUGGAUUGUUGGUAAGACAAAAGAAGUGAGUUUAAACAUUCUUCUGUCCAAUACUGGAGAAGAUUCAUAUCUCACCACCAUGGACUUGUCCUAUCCAAAAAGCCUUUUCUUUAAGGGGAUCUCAAAACCUCAGCUUGCAGAUGUUAAAUGCACAGAUCAAGCCACAUCCUCCUUAUCCUUCCUAAAUUGUGAGAUUUUUCAUCCAGUGUUCAAGAGGAAUUCACAAGUGGAAGUUUCUAUUUCUUGGGAUCUUGGAAGUGCACCAUUUAAAGAGGAAUUUGCAUGUCUCAGCAUUAAUGUUAGCAACAAAAAUGAAAUUGGAAAUGCUGUUCAUUAUACCCAUAAUAUUCCUGUGAUACAUGGCUUGAAUGUCUUCCUGAAAGCAGAAAAUCAAAUAACAGAAGUUGACAUUCGCAAUAAAGCUGUGGAUGAGACUGUGAAAUUUAAUUUUCAGGUCACCAUGGAGAACCCCUACAAUGCAUCGGUGAAUCUAACAUUAUCAAUUCCAGUGAAAAUACAGGAUCGACAAAUACUCCAACUUCAUCAGGAAUCUUUGAAACAUUGUUUGAAAACACGGAAAAUCUUCAAACAACAGCCAGAACAGAAAAUAAAAGAUCAAUGGGACUGUGACAUGCAUGAAUGUGAAUGUUGGUAUUUUCAGUGUGAACUCACAGCAGCAAAACAAGACAUUGAUCUAACAGCACGGUUGCCAGUCAGCAAUUUAAAACAGCUUGUGAAGGACAGGGCUGAUAUUGUGAUCUCAGGCGUUGUUCUCUUUGAUGAGAAGCUAUAUCAGGAAACAUCUGAUGCUAAAGACAUACAUCACAAUGUUAAGAUGCAGAUGACCAUUGUCAAUACUCCAGUCUUUAACGCUAUUCCUGUGGUGGCUGGGAGCACAGUAGGUGGAAUCCUGCUUCUACUUUUGAUUAUUUUAAUUCUGUACAAGUGUGGAUUUUUCAAACGCAGUUACAAGGACAUGAUUGAAUUUGAAGAAGAAUCUGAACAUUGAACUUUGAAACCAAAGAAAUACCUUACUAUUGUUGGUGAUACUUUUAUUUUGAAUAUUAAAUGAUCUAUUUACAUUUAAUUAAACUUUUCAACAGAAGCUUA